AUGGCCGAGCCUGGGUCUCAGUGCCACACCGCUGGACCCUUACUGCUGCUGCUGCUGCUGCUGCUACCACCCCAGACCCUGCUGGAGGGGCCUCUGCUGUUUGUGGCUCUGGUGUUCCGUCAUGGCGACCGGGCCCCACUGGCCUCCUACCCCACAGACCCACACAAGGAAGCUGCCUCCACCUUGUGGCCUCGAGGCCUGGGCCAGCUGACCAAGGAGGGGAUCCGCCAGCAGCUGGAGCUUGGCCGAUUCCUGAGGAGGCGGUACAAGGCCUUCCUGAGCCCAGAGUUCCGGCGUGAAGAGGUGUACAUCCGCAGCACAGACUUUGACCGCACACUGGAGAGUGCACAGGCCAACCUGGCUGGGCUGUUCCCUGAGGCUGCCCCUGGAAGUCCCGAGGCUGACUGGAAGCCCAUUCCAGUGCACACAGUGCCCGUGUCUGAGGACAAGUUGCUGAGGUUUCCCAUGCGCAGCUGUCCUCGAUACCAUGAGCUGCUGCGGGAGUCCACAGAGGCAGCUGACUACCAGGAGGCCCUGGAGGGCUGGACGGACUUCCUGACCCGCCUGGGCAACUUCACGGGGUUGUCACUGGUUGGAGAACCACUCCGCAGGGCAUGGAAAGUUUUGGACACACUCAUCUGUCAGCGUGCCCAUGGCCUCACCCUUCCAUCCUGGGCCUCCCCAGACGUCCUGAGGACUCUGUCACAGAUUUCAGCUCUGGAUAUCAGGGCACAUGUGGGCCCACCCAGGGCAGCCGAAAAGGCCCAGCUGACAGGGGGGAUUCUGCUGGAUGCCAUCCUCAGCAAUUUCUCCCGGGCCCAGCGCCUGGGGCUGCCCCUCAAGAUGGUCAUGUACUCAGCUCACGACAGCACCUUGCUGGCCCUCCAGGGGGCCUUAGGCCUCUACGAUGGGAACACCCCGCCUUAUGCCGCCUGCAUGGCCUUUGAGUUCCGGGGGAGCUCCAGAGACCCUGAGGAGGAUGGAGAGAAUGUCACCAUCUCUCUCAUCUACCGAAAUGACACUUCCCGCCCGCCCCUGCCGCUCAGGGUCCCUGGGUGCCCAGCCCCCUGUCCACUUGGACGCUUCCAGCAACUGACUGCUCCAGCCAGGCCUCCAGCUCACGGGGCCCCCUGCCAUGGUUCCUAUGAGCCUACCAGCCCCCCAGCCACGGUGCCCCUGCUGGCUGGAGCUGUGGCUGUGUUGGCUGUGCUGAGCCUAGGGCUGGGCCUGCUGGCCUGGAGGCCCAGCUGCCUGAGGGCCCUGGGAGGGGCUGUAUGA